UCCCCUAUUUUCUUUCUCUGUUUUGCCCUUCGCCUUUGUAUUGAAAAAUUAAUUAAUAAUUAUGAAAGUACAGUAUGUAACUGUGUGAAGGAUUGAAAAUAAAAAAAAAAAUUAAAAUUCAAAAUGAAUUUAAUUGCAAUUUAUUUUAAUUUAAUUUAGUUUUUUUUUAUUUCGAUAAAAAUUAAAAUCAAACCAGGACAGCAGUAUGCUCAUCUGCUGUACUUGUUAUAACCCAAUCAUCCUUUCUCCUCUGCAGAAAGAAGAAUAUCUCCUCUCUUUCUCUGCUCGAAUCUCAUACUGCUCUUUCUCUGCUCUCACAGCUUUUCUUCUUUGCCAAAAUAAUCAAAACAUAUCUCUCUCUCUCUCUCUCUGUCCCUUUUUCUGUGUCUGUUACUGAACAAUUAUCCUUCUUCUGAGGGAUGGGUGUGAGCUGCUGCAGGUGCUCCCACACUUCCCACAUCACAGAGAUCAUCAUCACCAGCUUCUUUCGCCACAAAUCUUAAGAAAUAAAUUUUUUUUUUAAAUAUAGAGACUGUUGCAUCUUGGAAUCUGGGUCUUUUGAGUUUUUGCCCAGGGCCGUGCUGACAGCGUGAAAACCUGUAUUAGCAGGAAAAUUUUAUAGAAAAAGCAUGGCAAGUGUUGGUGGUGGUGGUUCGAAUUUUUCUGUUUCGCUCCAAAGCCAACGAGGUCCUUCUACUUCUCCGCCUCUUGAUGCCUUUUUCCUUACUGGGUCUUCUCCUUCCUUCCUAGGCUCAAGAUCCAUGGUGAGCUUUGAGGAUGUUCAUCAAGUAAAUGGAUCAACCCGGCCUUUUUUCCGCUCUUUUGAUCAUGAAGAGAAUGGUGAUGAUGAAUUGGAUGAGUAUUUUUAUCAACCCGAGAAGAAGAGGAGACUUUCUGUUGAUCAAGUUCGCUUUCUUGAAAAAAGUUAUGAGGUUGAGAACAAGCUCGAACCAGAAAGGAAAAUCCAGCUUGCAAAGGACCUUGGCCUGCAGCCUCGGCAGGUUGCAAUAUGGUUUCAAAACCGCCGAGCAAGGUGGAAGACAAAACAGCUGGAGAAGGAUUAUGAAGCAUUGCAGACUAGCUAUAACGGCCUGAAGGCUGACUAUGAUACCCUUCUCAAGGAGAAAGAUAAACUAAAAGCUGAUGUUAAUCUCCUCACAGACAAGCUGCUUCUCAGAGAGGAUAAGGGAAAUUUGGAGUUGUCUGAUAAAGAAACAUUAUCUCAGGAACCACAGAAAAAGCCAAUUGGUGAUUCAACUUCUGAGGGUGAAGUAUCAAAAGUUUCAAUUGUGGCCUGUAAGCAAGAAGAUAUUAGCUCAGCCAAAAGUGAUAUAUUUGAUUCAGACAGCCCACAUUACACUGAUGGGGUUCACUCUUCACUCUUAGAGGCUGGUGAUUCUUCAUAUGUUUUUGAACCAGACCAGUCAGACUUAUCCCAGGAUGAAGAAGAUAAUUUAAGCGAGAGCCUAUUGCCCCCAUAUGUCUUCCCAAAGCUUGAAGAUGGUGAUUACUCCGACCCACCUGCAAGUUUUGAAGAUCAUGCCUUCUGGUGCUGGUCAUACUAAGCUACUCUUGGUAUUUGUAUUAUCUUUUUUUAUUGUGUCUUGUCUUCUGGUUCAAGAGGAGGUAACUGCAAAUAAGUAAUAAAUCCAAUGAAAGGCAGCCUAAUCCAAAUGUGAUAUUGGGUUUUGCUUGCUCUUGGAAAAAUGGUUUUUGCCUCUGUCCCCUGUAAUCUUUUGAUUUUGUACGGUUGUAAUUAAACAAUAUCUUUGCAUUCCAUAAAUAAAGUUUGAAAUUUCAUGCAA